GAGCGGGGUCGCGGCGCGGGGCCCUAGCCGUGGCCAGUGCCUGCGCGAUCCUCUCUGCAGACGCGUCCGCCCGCGACUUCGCGUUCUUCCGCAGCCACACUGAUCCGACUCACCGAGUUUGACAGCGCAGGGGGCGGCAUGUCCCGCGAGGGCUCCCCGGACGAGGGCGAGGGCUACCACGCCGAGUCGCACCCCCUGCGGCCGCAGGCGGCGGCCAUGCUGCAGGUGCCGGGCCGGCUCUCCAUUUCGUCCAGCGUCAGCGACCUCGCGGCGCCCAUCUACGUCCGCCAGGACUCCACAGUGGUGCGCCGUCCGCAGCCGGGAUUCAACGCUCGCCUCGCAUUCGCCAUUGCAGCGGCAGCCCUAGGCUCCUCGUUCCAGCAUGGGUAUAACACUGGAGUCGUCAAUGCCCCACAGGAGCUCAUCGAGACAUGGAUCAAUGAGACAGAAGAGGCGCGGACGGGCCAGGUGGUGACUUCGACUAAGGUCACUAUGAUCUGGUCCAUUGCAGUCUCCAUCUUCUGUGUGGGUGGCAUGAUUGGUGGCGCAAUCACUGGCAUUGUUGCAGAUCGCUUUGGCCGCAAGGGUGGACUUCUGCUCAACAAUGCACUUGUCGUCGUUAGUGCCCUACUGCAAGGGUGCUCAAAGGCAGCAAGUUCAUAUGAAAUGAUCAUCAUUGGCCGGUUUCUAAUAGGAAUCAAUUCUGGACUAAAUGCUGGUCUCACACCAAUGUACCUGGCAGAGAUCUCUCCACAGCACCUCAGGGGUGCGGUUGGUACUGUUUACCAGUUGGUGAUCACAAUUUCAAUUUUAAUUUCUCAAAUACUUGGCCUGGAAUCUGUCCUGGGAACCAGUGACCUGUGGCCUCUGCUAUUAGCACUGACCAUUGUGCCUGGCCUCUUCCAGUUGGCAACACUGCCCAUGUGUCCAGAAAGUCCCAAGUAUUUGCUCAUCAAUAAGGGACAGGAGCUUGAAGCACAGAGAGCUCUUACUUGGUUGCGAGGUACAAUUGAGGUUCAUGAUGAGAUGGAAGAAAUGAGGAAUGAACAUGAAAAUCUGAAGAUGGUUCCGAAAGUGACUUUGACAGAGAUGUUUGUGAAUGCUAGCCUUCGUAUUCCACUUGUAAUUGCCAUGAUGGUGAUGAUUGCUCAGCAGCUUUCUGGUAUUAAUGCUGUGAUGUUCUUCUCAACACGCAUCUUCACCAUGGCACAGCUGAGCAAGGAAAAUGCCCAAUAUGCAACUCUGGGUAUGGGAUCUAUCAAUGUACUCAUGACAGUGGUGUCCUUGGUAGUGGUCGAAAGGGCCGGCCGCAAAACAUUACUUCUGAUAGGUUUCUCUGGAAUGUGUGUGGUGACCAUCCUCCUCACAAUCUGCAUUGUAUAUGUGAAACCAGGAGUAAUGUGGCUGUCUGUGAUAUCAAUCAUCCUGGUGAUUCUGUUUGUGGUAAUGUUUGCUGUUGGACCAGGAUCAAUUCCAUGGUUCUUGGUUUCUGAACUUUUCAAUCAGUCUGCGAGACCAACUGCUACAAGUCUUGCUGUUGCUAUCAACUGGACUGCCAACUUCAUUGUGGGCAUUGCUUUCUUACCCAUUCAGGAAGCAAUUGGAGGUUAUGUGUUCAUCAUAUUCGUCAUACUUCAAGCACUGUUUGUGCUAUUUAUUUAUUUCAAAGUACCUGAGACCAAGAACAAGACCUUGGAGGAGAUUACAGCAAUGUUUAGGCAAAUUUCAUACAACUGAGCAUCAUCUGCUGUGAACAAAAAUGAUCAUGAAGACACUAAGUUCCAGUGAUCCUGUGAACAUGAUGACAGUAGACUGUUAUUUAUGAAAUGUACCAUUUUGUGUUGAAAUUAAUAAGCAGUAGGAAUCAUGACAACAGCAAGCACAGAUGCUGCCAGUUUCUUUGUAAAAGACUGUUACCAAAUGUGAGGAGAAGGGCAACAGUAAAAGAUGAUAGAAAUGAUGGUACUGUUAUUACAAAUUCUCAGUUUGGGUAGAAUUUUGUUGUGAUACUAUAAAUGUAAAUCGCUGAGAGUAGAAAAGACUUUUCCAAGUGUAAUGACAGGAUGCACAGCUUUAUAGGAAACACAUUCACAACAUCGAAGCAUAAAUAAAAAGCAGCUCACAAAUGAGGCUUUAUUUUACUUUAUUUUCAGUCAAGACAUCUCACUGCUGUGUGCAAUAAGACAGAUCAUGUACAAAUAAUGUGGGAAAUGGUUUAUAUUGUGCACUCAUGACAAAGUUGGAUAGGAAUUUACUGCUCAAGUAAAUGCAAGUCAUUAAUAGGUAGGCUGAUAAAAUGUACAAUUACUUUAGAUUUUGUAGCUUUGACAAAAAUUCUCAGUCAAUACCAUUGUAAACCUUAGUUGUUAGUCAUCUACAUUCCUCUCCCCAGAAAUAAAUUGCUGUUUCAUUAGUAAAAACGUUUGGAAGCCUCUGCUUGAUAUAUAGUCAUUUUACCCCUCAUGACAUCAAGUAACCACAUUAUAGUAAUAUAUUUCCAUGAUGGAAAAAGAUGACACUUCAGCUGCAGGAUAGAAAUUUUGUCAGCCUAUCUACAGGAGCUAAGCAGUCACUUUGCUUAUAAGAGAGGAGUCACCAUAAAGCAAGUAUUGUCAAUAUCAUAGACUGAACGUAUUUAUACUCUCAGAGAAGAGUUAUGGAUCAAUGUUUCACAUCAUAAUACUCAUAUGUGUAAAGAAAUACUCAUUUCUAUGCAAGUUUCAUAGACAUUGUAAAACAUAAAAAAACUGUGUUGCAAUUACAUCACAAAACAGAGAAAAUUGUGUAGAUUUC